ACGGAUCGAACUUUCGAACAGUAAAGAUGGAAACAACAACUACACCAGAGCCCUAUGUACCGUCUGCGCCGACACCGAUGAUUCUGUGCUAUUUCUUUCAUAUAUGUGCUUCAGAUAAUCAGAGUCCUCAGUCUCCAAUUGAUGGUUCUUCAUCGGUUUUCGAUGGGCUCGCCCUUGGCAGCUCUUUUCAAGAGUUUAUGGAGGCGUAUGCCUCUGUUCCCAACAGGCUCGAUGCAGUGCAAAGAGACUUCGACAGUUAUUUAGCCAAACUCAAAGCGAUCAACCCGAAUGACCAGAUUUUCCAAGACUCGCUGCUAGAAAUUGGCGUUAAACUUCGACAGCUGACGGACGCAAUGAAAGCCGAUUAUCAACGUGCUUCGGUUUAUUUAAUUCAGGAUCCUAUGCAAAAAUUGACCGAGCUUUUUAGCCCGUGGGCAGAAGAUAGGGCCGCCUUCAUUGGGCAUGCAAAUGGUUUGAUGAGCAGUGGAAAUGCUGCACAAAAAUCUUGUGCCAAGAGUACAGUAGAUAAUUUUAUGUUGGUUGAGUUCAAUUCGCUAGGGGCUGGGGCCAAAGGCUAUGCUAGCCUUUUGCAGACUUGA